AUGGAGAUUGAGCCCGGAUAUGUGGGCAACCUUGACUCAACACAGGAGCAGAAACUCCAACAGUUCUGGAGGAUCUUGAUGCAAUCCUGGGACACGGAGCUUCCUCCGUUGGAUCCAGCCCGCAGAUCUUCAAUUUCAUCAAAUGCUACCAGCAAAGGAAAUCGGCGCUUCUUCUCUCUUGGUCGGUCACCAGCCCAGCCAACGGAGGAAGAACUUGCUGCGAUUCCGGCAAACCUACUAUCAACUCUCAAAAGCCUUGAUGCUGGGCCAAGCGAGCUGAAGGUAGUCGGAUCCCUCCUGAUCAAACUUCCUGGAGACAAACUGCAAUCUGCCUUUUUGACUCUCCUCAAACAAGACCAUCCUGACGCGCUCCUAUUGCGCUUCCUCCGUGCAGAGAAAUGGAAUGUUCCCAAGGCGUGGAUUAAAUUUGUUUCGUCAUUGAAUUGGCGAGUCAAUGAAUACAAGGUCGACGAAGAAGUCAUGAUUAAAGGAGAGGAACAUAAUCUUCAAAAGUCGCGACUGGAGGAUAACUCUGCCGACAAAAAAGAUGGCGAGGGCUAUGUGCUUCAACUCAACUCCGGAAAGGGGUACCUACAUGGUUGCGACAAAUGGGGCCGUCCUAUUUGUGUCGUUCGAGUCCGAAUCCAUGACCCGAGUCAACAAACACAAAAGGGCCUGUUUGACUAUAUCAUUCAUUGCAUCGAAUCUGUGCGCUAUUUACAAGUGCCACCUGUCGAGUCAAUGGCUAUUGUGUUCGACCUUACGUCCUUCAGCCUUUCCAAUUGGGACUUCCCUCCUGUCAAGUUCAUCAUUGAUAGCUUCCAAGAGAACUAUCCCGAAUCGCUCGGGGCUAUGAUUUUCUACAAUGCGCCUUGGAUAUUUUCCGGAUUCUGGAAGAUCAUCCACGGAAUCCUCGACCCGGUAGUCGCAUCUAAGGUUCACUUCAUCAACGGUGCGAAAGACUUGGAGAAGCUAGUUCCAAAAUCCCAAAUCUUGAAGGAAAUCGGCGGCGAGGAAAAUUGGGACUACAAGUACAUCGAGCCCGUACCCCAAGAGAACGACAGGCUGAAGGAUACAGCCACACGGGAUGUCAUCCUUGGUGAGCGGAAGAGCCUUGGAGACGAACUAUUCAGUGUCACCGCCAAUUGGAUUUCCCAAACCGACGUCGAGUCUUCGCUGGUUCGUCGUGACGAGGUGAUCAAACGCUUGAGUGCGAACUAUUGGAAGCUUGAUCCUUACGUGCGCGCUCGGAGCCUCCUUGAUCGUACCGGUGUUAUCAAAGAAGAAGGAAAGAUUGAUUUCUAUCCUACUAAAGUUCCGAACAAGGUCGAUGAGAAGUUGAGUGUGGUGACUGAGCACAUUGAUGAGGCACAACCAGCGGCAGUGACUGCUUGA